AUGGCAAAAGGGUCUAGCAAUGAUGUAUUUGCACCAGUCGUGUGGGCGUCAGAGAAGGCAAAGGAGUAUUGGCUGGGUGUAGCAAAAGAGCCCCUGUGGUUACAUGCCCGGCUUAUGGAGGGAUAUUGCAUCGGGGCUACAAGCAGUGAGUCAAGAAUCGGGAUACUUUACACUGUUGAUGCUGAAACGAUUGAAGAUGUUGUGAAGGUUCAUAAAGCACUCUCCGGUUCAUUGCGUUUCCAGUUGGCAGAAUGGACAAGAACCGAACUAUGUAACUGGGAAAACUCAGCUUCCAAUGGAAUUGACAUGACACACUAUCCAGGGGGAUGGGAAGAUGGGAAAAUCAAAUGGGUUAAGCUGAUAGCAGAGGAGAUUGAGCAGCAAAAAGCAGAGCUCAGUACUCUAGAAUCUGAGGCAGCCCAAGCCCAGACUGGCGACCGUAGCGAGUCACAAGCCAUGUGCAUCAACCAUGAUGCUGUCUCUGGAUGCCCUUCCACUGUUGAACAAUGUGAUGAUGCCUUAUCAAGCCCUAACAGCAGUGUACGGAACAGUGUGGCUGCAGGUGAAAGCAGCACGAGUAUGGGAGAUAAUGUAUCACCAGCAUGGCCAAGGUUUGUGGCAUCAGAAGUAUUAUUGAAGACUAACCAAAAGAGACUUUUCAGUGGUUUGAACACCGAUAAUGCCACACCAGCAAGCAGCGCCACUCACACAGGGACCGAGCCAGCGGCAACCAUGGAAGUCAGCUCCAGCUCCAGCAGGGGUGCUAACUCGUAA